UAGUUGAUACUUGCUUUGCUUGAUCUUUGAGUUGAUCAGUUAUAUUCAUGUAGUCUCAUCUUUGCUAUUCAUUUCAUGUAGUGUAUGCACGUGUAUGGUGUGUACAAUAGAAUGCUUUUAUGUUUGGUUAUGCAUAUCAUGUAGUGUACACAUGUGUGUGGUGUGUACAAUAGGAUGAUGUUUAUGUUUGGUUAUGCAUAUCAUGUAAUGUACGCACAUGUAUGGUGUGUACGAUGCUUGUCAUUAUAGCUUUGCAUAUCCUACUAGUAGUCCACACGCGUGUGGCAUGUGCUGAUGAUAGCCUAUCCUAUUAGUAUUGAUUGUGUAUUGAUGCUUAGAGUUCCUAUACUUAUGUGAUUGGUUACCAUUUAAGUAACACUUGCAUUGUUUGUUUCCUGUUGACCAUGUCUCCCAUUUGUGGUUGAGAGUGUGAUCAGGAUAUGUAUAUUGCUUAGGAUGGCAAUAUGUUUGCUACAUUGUCAUUUUGGGUUGUGAUACCCUAGGCUGCCCACAUGUAUCCAUGGUAGAGUGUUCUCCCGUAAUUCGUAGCUAGAUAGCUACAUCCCGUCUGCCACGGGUAUCCGUGGUAGAGUGUUUUUCCGUAGACAAGAACCUUGACAUUUCAGACUGCCCAUAAAUAUCAGUGGUAGAGCAUUCUUCCGCAGUCCAUAGCUAUAUAGCUAAGUAUCUAGGUCACUUAUAUUUUCUUGUGAUGAAACAUUGCUCUCACAUAUGAUGAUAUAUUGUUGUUAUUUGUGUUGACACAUGCUUAGGCUAAGCAGUACUCAUGUUGAUCUUUUCAUGGCACUACUUAUGGUAUCAUUUACAGUUGAGUAGAUUAAUAUAUAGUAGAUGUAUUCAUGGUGGCAAAAGGCUAUUCGCUCACCCCCAUCACCUUAGCCCGUCCGUCUCAGGCCAAGAGAUAAAUCACGGGUGGCUACUAGCCUUGGGUAGUUGAAUAGCUCGUGGGGGAGGGCAGGCACCCGAAACUAGCCGAGAUUUGACCUCCAGACCUCAUGGUGGCAACACCACCAUGUUCUAGCCAACUGUCCGUCCCGAGGGGACUAUAGUAGAUGUAUUCAUGUGAUAUCUUUAGAUGGUGAGUAUUUUCCUUUGAGAUUGUAUACCACUUGAACUCUUACAUUAUGUUGAUCAUGCACUAUCUCUUCUCUAUUACCCGCUGAGUCAUUUGGACUCACCACCCCAUGUAUAUUUUAUCUCCCUAGGAAGCAGAUAGAGGAUAUAUGAAGUCGCUUGUAGAUUCAAUCCCACUUCGUAUCGAGAGUUUUAUCCACUAUUGCUUUUUCUUGCAUUUUUGGUUUUCCGAAUAUGUUUAUGUGAUAACUAACUUGAGUGUGGAUUUUAGUCUUGUGUUAAGUUGUACCGGUACACAACCAUGUCGAUUUUUUAUUGGAGUGGAUAUGGUAUAUCUCUUUUUUGUGUAGUUGGUUAUCUUUAACUUCUGUUGUUGAUUUAUUCCUAUUUUGUGGUCAUAUACUAGGUUGUAUCAAAUAUUGCCAAAGGGGUUACCGUCUGUUUCGUCGGACAAGUACACCUCCGGGGUGUGACAAUUUAUUGGUAUCAGAGCUAGGUUUGAGAAACCUAUUUUUGUGUUUUAGAGUUCGUGGUCUGUUUUCUCGAUGUAACUUUUUGAGUUUUGGGACUAUGCAACGGUAGAACAUCUCCGAACUAUAGGAAGUAAGGUAUAUCUCUAGUGUUGUUAUACCUUUUGGAUUCACUACUUUGUUUAGUUUACGGUUAGACCAGUUGAAUGUCUAUUGGGUACUUACUGACUUGAUUUAGCAUGAUGACACUUAGUGAGAUAGUUCACACUUGCAAUCAUGGUCGAAGUCGACCAUGAAAGUGAUCGGUUGACAUUGCAGGACCUGACCCUGAUACAGAAAAUGUAGAUUCUUCUAAAGCGCCGACUGAUACCGAGUCAGAAAGCAAGGGUCUAAACCGUCAACCAAACCGUCAACCAUUGUUGGAGAUCAUGGAUUACAAUCUCAAAGAAUACCAUCAAUGAUACCAACCCCUGCUACUACUAGCUGGGUGAAGGAUAGAGCAUGCAUACUAUUGGAUACUUACUGACUUGAUUUAGCAUAAUGACACUUAGUGAGAUAGUUUACACUUGCAAUCGUGGUCGAAGUCGACUACGAAAGUGAUCAGUCGACAUUGUAGGACCUGGCCCUGAUACAGAAAAUGUAGAUUCUUCUAAAGCGCCGAUUGAUACCGAGUCGGAAAGCAAGGGUCUAAACCGUCAACCAUUGUUGGAGAUCAUGGAUUACAAUCUCAAAGAAUACCAUCAACGAUACCAAGCCCUGCUACUACUAGCUGGGUGGAGGAUAGAGCAUGUAUAUUAUUGUUGUCCCCGUUAGCAAAGGACUGAUUUACUUUGUUUUAUGAAGAUUCCGACUGAUUAGAUAACUCGGAAGGCACAUUCGAGUAUAAAACUUGCAUUGACUCAGAUAAGGCUGAACUUGUUGCAUAUCAUCUACGGGAUCAGGCCGUCAUCACUUGUUGAUGAUUUCGAGAGGCUUUAGAGAGAUAGUACCUUUCUGCCUCCUGUUCUAUAACUUGCCGUCAGAUGUUCCUGAACCUUAAGUUGAGCAACUGUAGUAUAAUGGAUUGCAAGAUGAUGGUUAGUUGACUCGCCUAACAUUGCCCCACCAAGUAGCUCAAAAUCUUAACCACAUGCUCAUUCAUCCAAGGUCUUGAAGCCUAUAUACGGACCAUAAUGUUUGACUCCUUGUCGACACUUGUCGGAAAACAUAUAUGGGCAAGAGUAUGAGAGUUGUAGUGAUGCCUUCAUAUUAGAUACUAACAUCUAGCCAAGAAGAUAAGAGUUAUCCUUUAGACCUUGGUAGUCACACCCUCACUAUUGAGCUACAAGUUUGGAAAAAUGAUGGAAUUUGACAUCAUUCUAGACAUGAAUGGGUCAUUUGUCAUACUACAGUUAGACUAUUGAACAAGUAGUAACCAUGCAACUCCCGGACUGAUUAUCUUUAAAAUUCGUUGAGACUAACGAUGAAGGAAUAUUUUGUUUCGGCAAUAUAAGCCAAGUAAUUACUAUACUAUCUCAUGAUGUCGAAGGUAUUUACUAUUGUUAAUGAGAUUUAACAAGGAUAGUACGUCACUUCUCUCCGAUGUUUGUAUAGUUCGAGAAUACCUAGAUGUGUUUCUAGAUGAACUCCCUAGGACUAGUGGAGUUCGUGAUUGAGAUAUUUUCGGGCACGGCUCCGAUACUUUUUUUGUAAAAAGGAUGGAUCAAUAACUCCUUUGGUAGGAGGGUGAUAUAGUUCUACAUCUUGAUAGUACCUAAUGAUCAGAGUUGGUCACUUGGAAGCUAGACUUGUGAGCGUAUGAUAGGGUUUCUCUCACUAAAAAUAUGCCGCAACAAACUUCCCCAUAAGGUAUAGUCCCUUUAGUUGGUAGUUGUUCUAUGUUGGAUGACUUCCUUUUACUCUAUUCAUUGCUCAGGAAGCUAGUUAAUAAGUUUGAUUGAUGUUGAGAAUGAAUUGGGAUUGACUAAUUUUUGUGAUAUGUUGUUUUCUGAUGGACUAUUAGUGAAUAUUUGAUUUUGCUGGUUUGAUUAUUAAGAGUUGUAGUUGAUAGUAACAUGUGGAGUAGCAUGUGGACGAUAUUUUCAGAUUUGGUGAUUUGCAGUUGGUGAUUAGAUUAUAAACUUGGGGCCAGUGAGCUUGAGUGUACCUUGUGUGCGAUUUUGAUAAAUCUGGUUAGUUGCGGUUGGAUAACAGGAUGAUAAAUUUGACAUUUGUUUCCUUUGAUAAUGGAAUUUUAUGGAUAAAUAGGUUUUGACUUAACAAUGAUGGGACAAAAUAUCGUAAUGGUAAAAUAUCUACUUCCGGAUAUUAUGCUUUCAUGGGUGGAAAUCUUGUAAGUUGAAGAAAAAAAAUGUCAUUUUUAGGUCAAGAAUACAGAGAGAUAGUGGAAUGACAAUAAGUUUGUUAUCAUCUUUUAAAGGAGUAUGUGUUGCUAUAUUAUGACAAUAAAGCAAUUAUCAAAAUUGCUACCUUGUGUCAUAAUCCAAUUCAAUAUGAUCGUACCAAGCAUAAAUUGAUUGAAUCUUUUUUAAAGAAAAAAAAAUAGAUGAUCAUAGCCUAAGAAUCAGCUAGAGUCGUGUCAACUAGUAAACAUAGUUGCAAGUAAUAUAUACCACAUUAUUUCAUUUCUUUGUAUAUAAGAUGUGUAUUAGGGAUGACAAUUUCCCCUAAAUCUGACGGGGAAUCCAACAUCCGACCCGAAUGGAGAAGGAUAUGGAGGAAAAUUUUAGACCCGAUUAUAGUAAUCGGAUAUGGGUAUGGAGGCAGAUGUGAUAAAAUCCUAUAUAUAUAUAUAUAAGCCUCAUUUGUUAUUGGGAAAGAAAACACUUUACUCGUUUUCCAUCUCGGAAAAAAAACUUAGUUUGCCUCUUUAUUCAGUCACCAACACGUAUCUCAUCUCCUUUUCGACGAGAAAUACUCACCCGAUUGAAGGAGCGCGAGAUGAGGAAGAGCAAACAAGUACAUUGAAAUAAUUUAUUAUUUUUUUACAAAAAAAAGAGAACGGUAGAUAGUAAUAGGAUGAUGGGUAGGAUAUGGAUACCCGAUCCUCCGACGGGUAUGGAGAUGAGUAUGAAAGUUAAAUACCCGAUGGAUAUGGGGAUGAGUAUGGGGAUGGAUACAAUAAAUGGGGAUGGGUACGGAAGAUAUCAAAUCCUAUCCAAAUCCUAUCCAUUGCCAUCUCUAAUAUGAAUGACACACAUACAUACACAUAUCCAUUGAUAGGAGUACACAUGUUUUAGUUAUUAUUUAGUGGUUUAGUAGAGAUAUUUUUGUAAUUUUUUUAUUUUCAAGUUAGUCCAGUGCGUGAAGCUCUCUCCAAUACGGGGUCUCGGAGAGGGUCAGACCUCAUUGGAUUUAUUGUACGCAAUCUUAUCUUGUAUUGCAAAAAGGUUGUUUCCAUAACGAACACGUGAUGACAAGGUCAUACGGUAAUAAUUUUACCCUUGCGCUAAGGCUCCAUUGCAUUCUCAUGUUUAUCAUAUAUAAGAUUAAUUGGAUUAGGAAAUUGUGUCAUAUUUUCUUUCACAAGAUUCUUUAUGCCUGAUCUUAAAAAUGGAAAAUUGCCUUUAAGACACAAGAUUGACUUUAUAUGUGGUUAGUUAUACCCUUUGGAUUUUUGAUCGCUCCUAGUAUCUUUAUGAGGAUGAUGGAUCAAGUUCGGAAACUUUUUUUUCCCUGUGUGACAAUAGUAUUCUAACGUUUGUUCGCGUGCAUUCAUUUAGUAUGGUACAUCAUUAGAUAUGAUCUGGACUAACAACUAGUGGGAUUAGAUUUACCAUGUCAUUGGGUCGGUUUGGAGGAGGGAAGUGAGCGAUAUAUAUACAUUUAAAGAAAUAGCUAUGGGUGAUUAGUUUAGAUGAGUGGCAAUGGUGCAAUGGUGCAUGUAUAAAGUUGACAGAGAGAUAAGGUAGGGGAGGACUCUAACAGAGAUGAGAGAAUUGAGUGCAUUUAUUAGUGUCUAAUUUCUUUUCUAUCAUUGUGACAUUUUAUAGAGAAAUUUUUCCAUUCGAUCUUACAGAAUUCUGAUUGCCGAUUUGUUUCAUUAUUGAGUUUUUAUUUUUGGAUUUGAUGGUCUUACCAAUUCCCCAUUUGUGGGGUCCUCAACUGAUUCAAAGCUCAUAUCUCACAUUAUAAAAAUUAUGCUCAUUCUCAACCAUGUGGUUUAGGUCCUCAUCUAGUGCUUGGCCUAUUCCUUCUAUGAGUCUUCUGUUUAGUGUUAAUCCUCCUUGCUCUCAAGUAGGUGUUCAAGCUCUUUUGUUGAAGUAUUCCUUUGAUUAUUCAUGUUAUAUUUCUUUAAAGGUUGUUAACUUCGUCUUACUAUUUGACUUGUCUUCCUUGUUUAGUGAAUUCCAUUCUUAUGGUAUUGACAUCUAAUAGGAUGAGAUUCUAUGUGCUAAACUAUUCAGUUCCUAGUAUAUAAUCAAAUUUUGUUAAUGGAAUACUAGGCCUUAUACCUUGGUUCUUAGUAGUAGGUACUUCAAUAGAUCCUUUAGCCUUAGUCACUCCCCAUGAAUGACAACUGAGAGGUUAGAAUCCUUAUUUUGUUUUAACUUCUGUUUGUUGAGCAGGUCCUUGCUAGUGAAAUUGCUAUCAAGGAUAGAAACAGUGUGUAACUUGAUGGUGGUUAGAACUUCUAUUGUUGAAAUUUGUGUGACUUUAUGGAUGACAUUUAGCCAGUAUUCAAGAAGUUCUUAUGUUUUUUGGUUUCAUCAACUCCAUCUCUAGUCACAGUGCAGCAUGUCACCCUCAGAUGGAUGGACAGACGAGGCGUAUCAUUCUGACACUGGGGGAUCUAUUUAGAGCACGUGUGAUGGACUUUGGAGAGUGCAUAAUUCGAUUUAGCCUUUCUUGGCUUGGAUUGCUUCAAAGUCAUUGUUUCAACAUUUUGGAUUUGGGAGUGGCACAUGGAAAAUCCUCACUCUUUGUUUCUAGUAAUGCUGGUCCUUUGAACUAGAGCCAGAUAGCUCAAGGUAAGUUUUGGGGUAGUAUACCUUGAGACUCUUGGGGAUAUGUUGGAAGCAAUGAAAUGGGAGAUUAUACAUAUUCACAAUGAGCCAGAUAGCUCCCUUGAAGUGCAUACUGUUGAGGUUUUAGUUUCGAACAUUGAGCCAAAGCUUGCAAAUAGUAUUGUGAGGCAAUUGAAUCAACUGUGUCCACUUGAUAAUCUUCGUCAUGUGAAACGGGUGCAAAGAAGAACUUCCCAAGGAAAAGUUGAGCUAUCUGUCAUUUUGUGCUUGGCCGAUGAACAUGAAAAAGAUACAGAAGCAGUUCCAAUAGGUAUUCAACCUUUUAUCAGAGCCUAUAAUUUAUGUCCCAUUAGAACAAAAGUUGCAAAGUAUCCUGCUAGGUCAAAAGAAGAAUGGGAGGAGCAAUGCAAGAUUUGGCCCACAUCAUUUCAUCCAUCAACCAAUUGUGAUGGGGUUGCUACAUUAAGUGAUGAGGAUAUGAAAAUGAUAUUCCACUACAUGAAGGUUGCAAUACAACAGACAAAGUUGUGCUACAGUGGUGCCAAAGUUCUAAAUGCUGCUGUCAUUGUUGAUCCAGUGAGUAGGAAAGUCAUUGCAAGUGCUAACGAUCAAACACAUCCUUUGCUCACAACAUCAGAACCUAGCGCAAGAUAUGGCUGCAUUGAUAGAUGUGUAGCAACCACUGUGCCCCCGGAAUCCCAUCCCAAUACUGCAGGAAGCAAUCAAGACACCACACUUCAAAAAUUCUCACUUCGCAGAUGCAGUGAUAUAUUUGCUGGGGUUUCUUGUUUAAAUCCUUGGGAUUGGGCAGCUCAAGAACUAGGCAAGCAGAAUUCCUUGGUAAAGAGAGAGAAUAAAUUUACCUGGCAUCCUCUGAGGCAUGCUGCUCUUGUUGCCAUAGAGAAUGCUGCAGAAAGAGAUAGGAAGCUAUUCCCUAAUUCAGAUGUAUCGGAGUCAAAAUCUGAAGCAUUGGAUGUUCUGUUGCAUACUACUGAUAAGUGUCCAUCAAAACGUCAGAAGAUUGAGGAACAGAUUAUUGACAAGGAAGUUUCAGACAACUUGAAACAUACUGAAAUAAUGCGACCUUACCUGUGCACUGGCUUUGACAUAUACCUAGUCUGGGAGCCAUGCCCAAUGUGUGCCAUGGCGCUCGUGCACCAGAGGAUACGACGCAUAUUCUAUGCACUACCCAAUCCAAAUAUUGGGGCUUUGGGCAGUGUUUAUAAACUGCAAGCAGAGAAAAGUUUGAAUCAUCAUUAUUCGGUCUUUAGAAUUUCAGUACCUGAGCAAGACAUUGAAGAGCUGAUACUAAACACAUCAGAUAAUACUUCACAAUGCUGAAAGCCAAUAGACAAUUAAGAAUCUUAACACAUAUUGUUGUGUGGUUAUUUCAUAUCUUGUGCCAGUGUCAAGCAGCCACUAGUUCCGCUUCUUGACAUUAAGAUUCGCAACAUUUAUAAGUUAUUUACAUGUUAGUUUCCUUUGCUUAGAAGCAUGAUUUGGUGAGGUUUUCAUGGGAAGCCUGUACAUUAGCAGUCCUGCGCUGCGGUGUACAUUUUGAUCUUUUUGUCUUCUACACGGAAGAGUGGCGUUUCCGUAUUAAACUUGACGAACGU